GUGUGGUUGUUGACGGAAUCAGGAGGAGAUGCUACAGCUCUAGGAUAAAACACAAACCGUGACGUUACUGAGAGCUGUUGAGUUACUUUUGUUGCAAACGUAUAGUGUAUAUAUAUCAUAUAUGCGUAAAAAAUGUGUCAGUUUUCUUUGUUUAUCAAGUAGUGGUCAAUUAACGGUAACUGUGAACGGGAAUUAGAGCAGGAAGCUAGUUAGCUAGCGCUAACUUAAGUGAUCCUACAGUUCCUUUAUCUACAGGUUUAGUGUAAGAGAAGCACAAAACAUUAAUCUAGAUACUGUUUAGUACUGAUAUAACAACAAACAACCUGCUGCGGAUUUUGAAGUACCAGUCGAAAGAUUUUUUCCUCAUCAAUCUGCUUAAAAAGGCUGUUCGGCUUAUUUAUAAGACAAAAGAUACUUGGUGAGAUGGGCGACGCUAUCAUAACGUUUCAGACCCAACUUUCUGGUGUAAUGGAAACGGUUUUCAAGGCUGCCAUGUAUGAAAUCACCCGGCUGGUGGAAGACAGCUUUCUGGACGAGCUAACACGAUGCAGAGAGCAAGUAGAGACCCUGAAAAGGCGGCUUAAGUGGGCGGAGAGUCGACGUAAAGAAAGGCAAGACGACAGGACGGAGAGAUGCGUUGACUGUGGACGAGUCGGGAUGUCUGAUGGAGACACCCCCACAGCAACAACAGAAAGAAGUCUGAAACAGGAGCACGUGAUGCAAGAAGUACAUGAAUCCCUGGGUGCUGCUGAAGAGGCAACCAGUCGUGAAAUGGAAAACGUAAAACCAGAUCAGCCCAGUGUCACCAAGCUAACACAGGUGUCAGGGGUGCAGGCCAAUCAUUUUGAAGGAUUUCUCAAGGAGGAAGUUCUUCCAAGCACACCGGAAAUCAAUGAGUCACAAAGCUGGGUCAUCAAUGCAGAUGAAACAUCAAGUCUGCCAGGACCCAGUAAACAUUUCAGCGGGCAGAAGAUCUUAAAGUGUCCUAUGAACUGGGAAACUGGGUUUGGCCAGAGACCAGGCUCAAGCCAAGAUGGACAGUCAGGUGAUCCUUCUGAACCUCUGUUCCAGAGCAGGUAUGGCAUGGAUGAGUUACCUGGCUUUGACAAGACUGGAUAUGGAGACAGCAGUAUGAUAAACAUGGAUAACUUUGAUGGAUUACAAGGUUCACCGUCCCACCUGGCUGAUGAUCUAAGAUACGUGGAUCAAUAUGAUGAGGAUGUGGACGUGCCAGAUGAAGAGGAACAUCAGUGUUACCCAACAGACAGCCAACAAAAUGGAAAGGCUGCGGAAGGUUCGCCCACAGGUUCCCCCUCAAGUACUAACAUUACUGUGAGUGGAGAGUUCGGCUGCUUGUUGAUAAAUGAGGAAGGGUAUCUGCAGGCCCCGAAUGUCACAUAUGCUGAUCAAGUGCCUGGUGAUCCAGGCAGCAGAUCGAGCUUACGUGGACAGGGCAUUCGAUUUGACUCCGCUCAAGACAGCACUAAGGACAUGUGUGAACCUCCAGAUACAUUUAGUGACACCGUAAACUUGGGAGAUAGGUUACAACAUCCAACUGCUGGGAGAGGAGGGAGGAGAUACACCUGUAACCAGUGCUCCAUGUCCUUCCCUGAUUCUUUUUCUCUCAAGGCCCACAAACAGACUCACAAAGGUACUGGACAAGAGCCCCCAUACUCCUGCAAUCAGUGCGGAAAGACCUUCUCUCAACCUUGUAAUCUCAAAGUCCACCAGCGGAUUCACUCAGGGCAGGGGCUUCACCUGUGCAGCCACUGUGGUAAAGGUUUCCCUUCCUUCGCAGACCUAAAGACACACAAAUGUGGCCAAACAGGUGACAAACCUUAUUGCUGCACUGUUUGUGGGAACAAGUUCAGCCGUCUGUGGAAUCUGAAGCUGCACCGGAGAAUUCACACGCAGGAAAAGCCUCAUCGGUGCAACAUGUGCGAUAAGAGCUUCACAAGGGCGGAUAUAUUAAAGGUUCAUCAGCGUACCCACACAGGGGAAAGACCAUACUGCUGCACUGUUUGUGGUCUCAGCUUCAAACGUCUGGAUCAUCUGAAAUCACACCAGCGUAAACAUAUAGUGGACCUGCAUCCGACUAUGUCGGAUCUGGACACCCUCAUUGUGACCUUUCAGACCCAGCUCUCUGAUGUGAUGGAAGCUGUGGUGAAGACAGCGAUGUUCGAGGUCACCAGGUUGGUGGAGGACGUCUUAUUGGUGGAAGUGAAGCGCAGGAACCAGGAGGUGAAGUCCCUAAGGAUGCAGCUGCAGUGGACUGAGGGGAAAUUCAGUGAUGAUGGAGGAAAGAGAAAGUGUGAUGACCGUGCAAGAAGCGAUGUGGAUCAGUCAACUGACACUCCACAGGAAAGGGCUGACGACUCGGAUGGUGACAUGAUUAGGGGCUGUGAUGAAAAAAAAACGUGUGAUUCUGCUGAACCUUGGAUGUCAAGCCACACACAUGAAGGCAAAAGAAGCUCACCAGACAAUAUAGCAGCAACCCAAAGCCCUGAAACGGAGUCCCAGACCACAGAAGAGGAAGAUGUGAUCCCAGCUGUGGAUAUGAAAGAGGAAGAAGUAAAUAAGCCGUCUUGCUCUUCUGUGCAAUUGAGAGGGUGGAGCAUUGCGCUUGAUAGUGAAGCUGGUCCUGAAUCAGACAACACAAGUGAGAUGGUCGAUGCCCACCCAAAACAAGCCCAAGAAAGCAGCGAGGAAUUACUGAGAAAUGUCAUUAAGCCGGACCCAUCUGCUUCAUAUGGAGAUCAGCCUCAUGUUUCAUCUUUAGAAGUGGACUCUGCUUGGGCUGGCCUGCCCGUCCCAGCAGCCGGACUGCUGCAGAAUCACAGACUUGGAGCUGAAAAAGAAUGUGAUCCAGUCAAAGCUAAGGGUUCUGUACAGCAUGCAGAGGAGUUGCCUGACUGUGUCAGAGCAGAUGUUCAGUUUCCCUCAGGCAGAGAUCACGCGCCAUCCUCAGGAUCCCCCAAAGCCCGACUGCAACCCAGCAACGUGCUGGGUGUGACUGUCAAAGAGGAGGUUAUUGAUUCUGAUAGUUGUGAUGAAAGCGGGCAAAAGAAACUAAAAAAAGCUGAGACUGCAUCUUUCUCCUGUUCAUUAAAGCAGCAAAGGGUGAACUCAGGAGUACACAAACCAAACCACAUAUACCAUAAAGCCACUGUACAGGAGGUUAUGAAGCUGCAGUCCAAAGGGGGUGCAGGUCUAAGAUUACAGGCAGCAAUACAGCACAUCCAUCGACCAAUGAGAAAGACCCCACACACUCUCCCAAGUAGCCCCACUGCAGCUCUGUCUGUAGCCCACGCUCAGGCCAUGAACUUAAAUAACCUCCACAGAAUUCCCUCCACAUCCAAAUCUGUUGCUCCUGCCUCCCUGUCCAUGCAGCGCGUUCACCCGGAUGACAAACAGACCUCAGCUCGGAGCCAAACUGGUGCAUCAUGGGUCAGCAUCAAAUCCCAGCACCAGCCUGCAAACUCUCAUAUAAUAAAUCCUGCCCCCCAUCUUGACUCUCAGUCUUACUCUGGCUCCAGACACGUCCUGCGCUGCAGCCAGUGUGGCAAAUGCUUUCCGCACCCCAGCAACCUAAAAACCCAUCUGCAGACUCACACAGGGGAGCGGCCUUUCUGCUGCUCGCUCUGCGGCCGCAGCUUCACCAAGCUCAGCAACCUGAAAGCGCACCGCCGCGUCCACACCGGAGAGAGACCUUACUGCUGCCUGGCCUGCGGCAAACGCUUCACCCAGAAAUGUAACCUGAAACGCCACCAGAGGAUCCAUCUGGAUGUAUGAUGAUAAACGGACUGAGAUGGGGAAAAAAAAGACAAGUUCGGUGUGUUUCUUUUCCAUUAAGAUGCCUCAGAAGUGGCAUUACAGUGUGUGUGUGCCAAAUCACGAGACUACAUGUGUGUAACUCCCUCCUAAAGUCAUACUCAACUUCAUGUACGACUGAUUAACUUUUGAAGGUCUCUUAAUGUUAUUCAAGGAGCAGUGUGUUGUGUAGCAUGCACAAAAUAGGCUCGCUGUUGGUUUUAGUCUCUACAUGACUGCUCUUUAAGUGUUAAGAAAUAUUUAUCAUAUCAGCUGAGAUUUGUGAGCACAGAAGUUCUUAUUAACAUUCAUCAGAAGAGAAAAUUUGGACCUCCCUUUUAUUUUUACUGACAUUCACAAACUUGACGUUAAAAAUGACACCAAACUUAAAUCAGAAUACUUGUGCCGAGUUCUCUUUAGUUGCUCGAACAAAUUUUUAUUGCUGGUUUUAGAUAAGUUCCAGGAGUCCUGGUUUAAAAUAGUGUUUUAGUUUUUUUGAAUUUCAGCCUUUUGCAAGAUCUAAAAUCACAUAUUUUGGAUGAUCCUGCUUCAGUGGCUUUCAAUUUAAUGUUUUCUCCCUGUUGAAAAUGUAACUUCUUAUAAAUAUCAUUGAUUUUUGGUGAUGUUAAUAAAAUCAGCUUUGGUA